AUGGCUUAUGGCAUAAGCUUCAGUGACCUGACCAUCACCCCACAGCUAUGCAUCGACGGCCUAGCAGCACUAGAGAUGCACAUAAAUAUCUCUAAUGCCAGGAUUGCCACCCUGCAGGCGGAAGUUGUCUCUGAGCACCCCAACCACUCUCCCUUCACCAGCAUGCUGCACAACAUCACUGAUGCAAAGAAGAAACACCUCAUUGAACAAUCCUGCCUCUCUGUCCCUGGCAUCAUGCUCUUCUUCUUCGACCUGGACUGA